UCAGUGAUUACAACGUGUCUAAGUAUGUUCCUAAAUAAAAUUGUAAACAAAUAUAAGGAAUUGUGGGAAGAUGGAGAAUUUGUGGAUGAAAAUGAAACAGAAAUCUUACAAUCUAGUUUUUGGUUUAUGCGCUUGUUCCGCAUGAUACCCAGCCAUGGCAAAAACAUGAGUGGUCAAGAUUUGAUACUAUUUGCAAUUAUAAUGUUUCCCUUCAGUAUGGCUGGUUCCCUUUCAGAGAUGGUGGCCGUUUUUAAUAGAGACUUUAUCUUGCUGGAUGAUUUACUUCAGUGUUUAUCUUUGGUGGCAACUGGUGUCAAUAUUUACCUCACCAUUGGAGUUUUUAUGUAUAAAAACCAAGCAAUUGCAGAACUCGCCCAAAGUAUUGGCUCUUUUCAUCAGUUUCCAAAACCGAUGAGUUUUGACCGCGCUAACCGUCUGGCUAAUUUUGUUACCGAUUUCAUGGCAAUCUAUACGAUUUUAGGAACUUUAUUCUUCGGAUUUAUUAGCUUCAUGUUCCGUGAUGAUUGCUUGAAGGAAAAUAUUGAACUUUCAAUCAACAGAAUUUGUGGCCCAGUUUCACCCAUUCCUUUACCAGAAUAUUUCAACAAUUCCCCUUAUGUAGAAAUGUUGUCUUCAUUUAUAUUAUUUAAUUGUAUACUGCUCUGCGUUGCUACGGCUGUUAUCUUGACUUUUAUCUGCGGAUUGGUCAUUGUUAUUAUAUCGCGUAUUCGACACUUCAAAGCAGAAGUACAUAAUGCAUUCGAGAUUUCCUCAAAACACAGACGUAUUGCUUGUCUGAAAUACAGCGUCAGAUAUCAUGUACAUAUUAUUAAUUUAAUACGAAAAUUGAAUGCUUGCAUAUCUACUGCAAGCCUGCUUCAAGCAACGUUUACCGCUGCCGUUAUUGCGAUGGUUGCAUUCCAAUUUUCAAUGAAGCCAGAACUGAAAACGGCAUUACUAGGAUUUGGAUGGUUCAUGGUGCUGUCUAUUUUGUGUUAUGCAGGGCAAGCAUUAAUUGAUGAAACGUCUGAUUUAUCUGAACAUAUUUACAAUACCAAUUGGUAUAACUACGAGGUGGAAACUCAAAAAUUUGUCUAUAUGUUCAUUGUUCGUGGAAAUCAUUUUUUAUUUAUUGAUACAAUGUUUUUGGGACCAUUAGGGUUGACUACAUUUGCAUUUGCCAUGCAGAAUUCUUAUUCAUUACUUGCAAUUUUGCAUCAACAACAAGCCAAAUAA